GACCCUUUGUUUUCCCACAAAAAUAAAUAAAUAAAAAAAAAAAACCUUUUUGCUUCAGUUUAUUACUCCAUCGAUUUUGACAGAAAAAAACAUGGCUGGUGGGAUCGCGCGUGGUCGUCUCACUGAGGAGAGGAAAGCAUGGCGUAAGAAUCACCCACAUGGUUUUGUGGCAAGGCCGGAGACUGGUCCUGAUGGGUCUGCCAAUUUGAUGUUGUGGCGUUGUAUUAUCCCGGGUAAACCUGGGACCGACUGGGAGGGAGGUCACUAUCCACUGACUAUGCACUUCAGUGAAGACUAUCCUAGUCAACCCCCGAAGUGCAAGUUUCCUCGAGGUUUCUUUCACAUAAAUGUUUAUCCUUCAGGAGAUGUAUGUUUGUCUAUCCUCAACACGGGCUUGGGGUGGAGUCCGGCCAUUACAGUUAAACAAAUUUUGGUGGGCAUCCAAGAAUUACUCGACGAGCCAAAUCCAAGUUCUUCAGCACAAUUUGAGUGCUAUAAGCUCUAUGUGCAGAAGGAUAAAACUGAGUACAGGAAACGAGUGAGGGCGCAGGCUAACCAAUAUCCAGCUCUACUGUAAUAUUAAUUUAGCUGCUUUAGAACUAGUACUUAUGUAACUAAUUAAAUUAAACUUUCUCUGGUUUCUUAGCAAUGUCAGUAGGAUGUUAAAGGGCUAUAGGGCAUCUUUGUAUCCUGGUUCCUUUUUUUUAAAGGAUUGUUAAAUAACUUAUUUAACUACCUUAUUCCCAGUAUACGUAACUUGUUAUAUUUGGAGUGAGCAU